AUCGCCAUAUCGCCGGCAGAGGCACCAAACUCCACUCCUCGAACCACAACACCACUUCACGGGAACGCAUCUGUCGCCAGCAUGUCAGUCCUCCGAUCACGACUCAUUACCUCCUCGCGAGCGCGCUUUCAGAUCGUGCCCAAUCUCGCCGCCCGCCCACAACAACGACUACUCUCCUCCACGGCCGCACGGAGCGCCGGCGAUCAUGCUCACGAGGACCACUACGACCCACCCGGUGGAUGGCUGUUUGGUGUGAAGCCAGGCGAGAAAUACGAAAAUGAGGGUUGGGAGAACGUCUGGUUCUAUGGGUUCUUCGGCAGCUUGCUCUUCGGCGUGGUGGGAUACUGCUACAAGCCCGACACAAGCAUACAAACAUGGGCGCUCGAGGAAGCACGACGACGAUUGGAAGCGGAAGGCAUUCUGGAGGAUCCCGAUAAGAAGAGAUAGAGAGGAGAUGGGCAUUGAGAUUCUCGCGCUGGAGUUCCGUACAAUUGGGUAACAUGGCGGCAGGUGUCCGACCCACGAUGCCGGCUUUAUCGUGCUGUACAUACGGAGGCGCGGACACCGGAUAAAGGGCUUCCUUGGAGGCGCAUGUAUCGCUGCUUAUUCUCGUCAGAGCAUGGUACUCUACAGUCAAGCAGAGUGCUGAAAUCG